AUGUCGCUCACAGUACUGUCUGAAUCCGACGUCCGCACCCUUCUUUUGCAAUUGACCAAGCAGGACAUACUGGACUUGCAGCAAAGCCUCGCAGAUGCACUGCAUCACUACUCGACAAGUACCGAAGAAGAAAGUGACAAUGGGUGCUGCGAAAGUUACCAGUCUGCCGGGACGACUUUGAGAAGCAAGAAUGGAGGCACAAUGACGGUUACACCGGCUAGUAGCAACGAUGGCCUCGGAGUCAAGAUUACAACACAUCUGAGCGAUAACAUUAAGGCCUCAAGGUUUUCUGACACUGAGUCGAUAACUUCUUCGCUGGGUUCAGUCACAAUAUCUCAGAAUUCGAUAGCAUCAACUAAAAGUUUGGAGGCCACAACAUCGCCUCGUCACUUGCUGUCGCUUGCAUCCUCGUCUACGCAACAUGGCAGUCUUACCUUAUUCGACAACUCCGGCAAGCUGCGCGCCCUCCUCAACACCUCUGAAGUGACGACUUUCCGCACUGCGCUCGCAAGCACCAUGCUGUUUAAGAAACGGCGCAAUGUACAUGACGUGGUCGUCUUUGGAGCCGGGCGACAAGCCUACUGGCAUAUACGCCUCGCCCUCUUACUCCGAGGCGAAGACAUCCACCACCUAAACAUCAUCAACCGUGAUUUCGGGCGCGUGCACCAACUCCUCGAGACACUGUACAACCCACACGAAGCACCCCAGUCAUUCAAUCCAGAUCCACAACAUAUUCCCGCGUACAGACAAACAGCUCCAUCACAAACUGAAGCCCUUCACAGGCCAAAGAUACAAAUCCUGACCCCUUCGCAUGGAGAAUACACUCGCUACCUACACGAUACACUUCGCUCCAGCAGCUGCAUUUUCCUCUGCACACCAUCCGCAACUCCGCUCUUCCCAGCAGCCAUCUUGACCAACCCCGAAGGCAGAAAAAAGGGUCGCUACAUAGCAGCCAUUGGCUCCGUUUCCCCCUCAAUGAUAGAACUGCAUCCAGACAUUGUACGGCAGAACGUCGCGCCAGAGCACGGGCAUCGCCAUUUUCACAAGCAUGCCCAGCAAGGGGGUGCGAUUGUGGUCGACAGCGUAGAUCGGUGUCUGAAGCAAGCCGGAGAAGUGGUACAAGCAGGAUUGGGUCCUGAGCAAGUUGUUGAAAUCGGAGAGUUGGUCAUGUUGAAGCGGGAUGCAGAAAGGCGGCGCAUGGAGUGUAUGGCGAGCAAGAAGAUGGAGGAUGAGGGGCUUGAUGUGGGUGGUGUUGAGCUGGGUGAGUCUGAGGCGGCGAAGAAGAAGAAGAAGAAGAGACGGAGUGGGGAUGGGAAGGAGAAGGAUAAACACCAUGAGAGUGAGGAUAAGGCACAUAAGAGCCUGAUAGAGUGGUUAGUCAAGGGUAACGUGAUAUACAAAAGCGUGGGAUUGGGCCUGAUGGAUGUCGUGGUUGGCGGCGAGCUGGUCAACUUGGCGAAUGCACGAAACAUCGGUACUAGGAUUGACAACUUUUAG